GGGUGUUGUUGGGGAAAAAAAUAUUACUUUUCGUACAAGUUGAGAGGAAAGAGGAAAAUCACUAUUUCUACGCCAUAGUUACACAGAUAAUUGCCAUGAAUAUAGUGCGAAGACGAUCUUGUUCAAUCUAUGUAUGUUAUUUGUCUGAAAUAUUUAUGGAAAUUGAGGUUUUAAAAUUGAAAGUACAAGUUUCAAACCGAAGUAAGGUCAAAAUGGCGACAUGGAGACUACGUGAUUCUAACCGAGACACUUCAUGCGACUUCAUUGGAGAAUGUUCUGUCAUACAAUCUUGUGAGCAAUGUAUGAAAACCAACGUAUUAAAACAUGCAACGGUUUUUUGUAAGAAUUGUGCUGAGUUUCCGUGUGAUGCGUGCAAAAAUCCACACACCGUUUAUAAACAUGGCAGGCACGACAUUGUCAAUAUCAAGGAUAGGAAAACUGUACCGGUGGGAGUCGAUAUGAAAGGACUAGACAUUUGUCAAGAGCACGGCAAGGAAAUAGACUUUUUCUGUCACGAUCAUUCCAAGCUCUGCUGUAGAAAAUGUGUGCUCACUCACCGGAAAUGUGACCAAAUGGAUGAAAUAGCAAACGCAUUCGGAACAGAACGACCUGAUCUUCAAGCAGUGAAACAGUCGUUAAUGAAUUGGCAGUCCGAGGCUGAUGCCAUAAUAGAGGAUUGUCAGCACUCAGAAUCUGAUAUUAACGCCCCCAUUCCUAACAUUUCUUUCGAGAUAGACACAAUGAGAGAUCGUUUAAUGAAUUUAUUUGAAGACGCUAAGCAGACAUUAAUUUCUAUGGCAAAUCUGUUCCAAACUUCACAAGUCCUACGCAUUGGGAAUAAGCUUGGUUAGACGUUCAAUGUUAAGGAAGAAAUAAACAAAGAAAUAUCAAUGUGCUGUUCCGUUUUAUACCACGGAACGCCUACCCAAAAGUACAUGUAUGCUAUGACGAUUAAGGAGAAACUGAACACAAGUGAAUUAAUUUUAAAUAAACAACACUAUUCCUAUUAACAGUGCAUCCAUCAUGACAGUUUCAUUUCCAAAAGAAAUAACUACAGUUCUUGAGAUGGAAAACAAUUUCAUAAAACUGAAUUGUGAUUGGCACAAGACAGUGAAUGCCAGCCCGAUAAGCUUACCCUCCAUACAAAGGCCACUCUCCGUUGAGCUCCUCGUAUCCGUGGAUCUACACAAGACCGGAGAUGAUGAGAGGGAACCUUGGAUCACUGGACUGGAUUUCCUUUCGGACGGGAGACUGGUAGCUGUGGAUAACGUAAACAGGAAAUGUAUCAUACUGAAUCAGCAACUACACAAAUUAGGUAAACCGUAUAAGUUCAAGCAUCACCCACAUGGCGUAGUAUGCGUGUCUUAUAAUAAACUGUGUGUAACGUUUGGUAAAGUAGUACGUCUCCAGUCUGUUAGUUCAGAUAAUACCAUCCGACUGACAAGAGAAAUCUCAACAUCCUCCAGGUUCUAUUCAAUGUCUUCGUCUCAAAUGGUCGUGAGUUCGUACGAUGAUCCACGUGCUGUGAGAAUGCUAUCAGUGGACGGUGUGGAGUCUGACUUUGAUAAAGUCGUGUUUCCUAUAAAGACGUCCAAAAUAGAUGAGAGUAAGAGCACCUAUGUCCAGUCAAAAACACUUUGGUGCUGACUGACAGGUUCGCUCACACAGUGUUCAUGUACGCCACCGUGAAGGGUACGUCUAG